AUGUUGUCAAGAACCAGUGCAUUUGGAGCCCGUAUGGCCGGCGUCCAAGCCGCCAGAAACUAUGCCACUUUGCGUGAGAUUGAAAUGCGUUUGAAGUCGAUCAAAAACAUCGAAAAGAUCACCAAGACCAUGAAGAUUGUUGCUUCCACACGUCUGUCCAAGGCCGAGAGAGCCAAGACUUCUGCCAGAGAGUAUUCGGCCGCGGAACGUGGAUUUUACCAAAGUGCGGAAACCAAAGAGUUGCAAACAGAAGAGCCAAGCGAACUUAUCGUGGCUGUCACGUCCGACAAAGGUUUGUGCGGAUCGAUCCACUCGCAAUUGGCCAAGGCCGUGCGUAGGGAAGUGACCAAGACCCCGCAGGCGGACAUCGUGUGUAUCGGUGACAAAGUCAAGGCCCAGCUGCUCAGAACCCAUGGCGACCGUUUAAGACUGGCCUUCAGCGGUGUGGGCAAAGAAGCUCCCACUUUCGAGGAAUCGGCUCUUAUCGCCAACCAGAUCUUGCAGUUAGGAAAGCAGUACUCCAAGAUUCAGGUCAUCUACAACAACCCUGUGUCGUCCAUAUCGUUCGAGCCUUCUGUCAAGCCUGUGUACAACGCUGAGGCCAUUGAACAGUCGCCCUCGUUCGCCAAAUUCGAAAUCGACGCCGACAGCAAAGUUUCCCAGGACCUAUACGAGUUUACGCUUGCCAACCAGAUUCUUGCUGCCAUGGCCGAUGGUUACGCUGCUGAGAUUUCCGCCAGAAGAAACGCUAUGGACAACGCUUCCAAGAACGCCGGUGACAUGAUCAACAAGUACUCCAUUUUGUACAACAGAACCAGACAAGCCGUUAUUACCAACGAAUUGGUCGAUAUCAUCACUGGUGCCUCUUCCUUGGGCUAA